AUGGACGUUGACGUCACUCCAGACAAUGCUCCGGCAAGUGCCGCGGGCACCCUGGCCAGGCCUACGGCUCCGGCGCUGCCCAUCCCAAAGCAGCCCAUGGCGUCUGUAGAGCAUCCAGCUUUGCUCACAAGUCUGCAGCGCGGCAUCGACAGCUUUGCCGGUCGUGCGGACUACGGCGACAUCGUGGAACCGUCAGGACCCCAAUCGUCCGUCGCUGUCUUCUUGCGUCACGACGACCCAGCAUCCGGCGGCCUGUCGUCGCAUUGCGCGGCCACCCACAACGUGGUGCUGGCUGUGCAUGUCCCCAAACGGACGGGCAUGCGGCGAAAGCGUGGCACCGACAACGCGUGGGAGCGCGACCCAGAAGCGGCCAGAGGAAGCUCGGCAUCGCAUGGCCAUCCACCCGGAGACAGAAUGGGAGACCGCGAUGCACGGCAACUACGACGGAAACUGCAAGAAACGGCAGGACUAUACCGCACCGAUGUGGUCGGCGUCGUUAAGCACACCCACCGGUACCGGGGCCUGGUGGACUUUCAGCAGUCGACACACGACUCGGCGUUCGUGACCAAGUUUACCGAGGACGUGCUGCCCGGGGAUUUAGUGUCCAAACUGCGCAACUUCAAGCUGACGCCCGGUGUGGCUACGGCCCCGGGUAUUGAUUUGCCGCCACCACCCUUUUUCACAUCGCAGACGCUACCCUUUUCCUACUCGUACUCGCAGAACCCGUUUGUGCGUGAGGUCGUGUCGGGCCACGACGGCGCCGUCCGGCUCGUCAACUCGACCGCCGCCAACUCCGUUGCCGGCUACUUGCUCGCGUUUGACGAAGUGCCGGUACCCACAGCGCCACCGCCGGGUCUCCCGCCCAUUGUGGGCCGCCGCCGCCAGGCCAUCCUCGAAGCCAUGCGGCGCGCCGUGGCCGAGCGGCCCGUGUGGACGCGCCGCGCGCUGGUCAACCACAUGAGCGCGGCCUUGGGUCUGCCCUUUACGGAGAACCGCCUCAAACGGUAUUUUGCCCACUGCUGCUACCAGUUCAAGGGCGGACCGUGGCGGGAUACGCUCGUUCGCUACGGCGUCGACCCACGCACGGACCCGUCGUACCGGCAGUACCAGACGCUGCUGUUCAAACUACACCGGCACAUAGAACGCAAGGAUGGUUACUUUUGGCACAGUUUGGUUGAGGACGACGGGGCGACGGGCGAAGACUUGACGGCACCGUCGGGUGGUCCGUCCGCCGAUGGUGGUCCUGGCGGACAUAUUCGAAAAGGCCGGCACAUCACAACCCCCCUGCUCGCCGAUCCGGCACCACCAAGCGGCAACGGUAAGGACACCAGGCCAAGCGGCGAUCCGUCAAGAGUCUCCCCACACGCCGAAAUCCCCGUCGCCCUCCGCAAGGACACGCACAUAUUCGACGGCCGCAACUACUGCGACGACGGCAAAAUCUGGCAGGUCUGCGACUUGCACGACCCUAUUCUCCGCCAGCUGCUUGCUGACGCGCCGUCACGCCCGACGUGCGAGCGUCUAGGGUCCGGCUGGUACCACCAAGGCACGUGGGCACAGGCCCGCGCCAUUAUGAAGAUACGGCUGUUGGCCAUCCGCUUUGGCCGCAUUAUCGACGACGCCCAGUUUGUGCCCACGCUGGCCGUGCCGCACCAGACUCCAAACUUUGGGGCCGUGCGGACGAUCAAGGUCCCGGUGCCCAAAAUAGAGCUGACAUCCGAAGAGAACGCCGUGAUUAGCAUGCGCGUCUACCACGGGCGACCAAAGAAGCGGGUGCGGCAGAGUGGCGUGACAUCCGUGACGCUGCCCAUAUUUACGGAGAAGCGAGGUGAUGCGGCACCAGCGGCAGCGGUAGAGGGCGAGGGACAGGCGCCGAAACGGGCACGAAAGGACGACGUGCAAGGAAUCGAAAACGACGCCGAGGACGACGAUGACGUUGACGACGACGACGUUGAAGACAUGGAAGACCUGGGCGACGAUGACGAGGCUGACGAGGACGGUGGAGAAGACGAAGACGACGUCGAGGAAGAAGAGGACGAGGACGAGGACGAGGAAGACGAAGACGAAGAUGAGGGCGUGACAGACAGGAUCGCGAUAAAGGAAGAGAUUAUCGACGACAUGGACCGAAGCGGCCUCGAUGUCUAG